CCAUCCCCAAGGGACGCCCCUCUGAACUCAUCCCAAGGGACGCCAGGGAACGCCUUCCUGAGGUGGUCAAACUCGAGCCUGUCAAUGGAUCCUCAGCUCAUUACUGCUGGUGGAAUUGACAUCACUACAGCAGACUUCCUCUACCUCUCAUAUUCUGCAUUAGACAAGCUUGUCGUCCAGUUGAAGACAGCCCACACCGCAGCCAUACAAGCCAAACACCGGGCUAUCCUGUACCACAAAUUUGAUAAUCCACCAAAAGCUUGCUCCCAGGAUUUCAACAGCCUUCUUUUAACCCGAUAUGGAGAAGAUGCAGAAUCAUCUCAAGUGUUCCUCUCGAGCCUCUCUCUUCCAGCCUUUUUGGAGGUCAUCUAUUCCCUAACCAAGAAACACUUGGAAGCGGGGGAGAAAUACCUCACCGACUUUGCCAUUUACGCCAACAAGCGCUCGAAGCUCAGCGAGUCACUUGUUAAUCGUGCGCGUCGUGAACUUCAGAGAGGCUCUGAGGACCGUCACCUCGAAUUUGAACGUGAAGUUCGUCGUUGUCAAGCUGCCGUUCCCAAGCAUUCAGCAUCGCGAAAGCGUAGACGAACAAAGACGCCAUUGAACAACCAGUCAACUCAAGAUGGUGCACAACCAUCGACCGUUCUGAAUGAUGUUUCUAUGAUACCGUCCGUCAGUGGAGAUCUGUUAUACAGAGAGGGGCAGUCUCUCGAAAAGCCGACAUCAACCGACGCACCAUCACUACAUCCACCAAAUCAACCUUCACCACAUCCACUACCACCGAUUGAAUUACUGCACAAACCACCACCCGGUGAUAUCCUCAAGAUUCUAGACGCCAACUAUGUACCUAUGACAAAAGAAAGGCUCUCUACCUUUCUUGAUUCUAAAGGAGACGCUGUUUUCUAUAUAUUAUUUCCAGUUGCGUGGAAAUUACCUCCGUUGAUUCAGGUCUCUCCGGAAAUGGCUGGGGAAUUGCUCUCUUUUCUGCGAAUUUGAUUCCACUUAUUGUACAAGCUGGAUUGUAUAAUAACCUGCCACUGAGCAAUUCUGACCGGAUGCAACUUCAACCAGGAAGGGGCCAGCAGAGCCAGGUCCUACGGUGGCACCGUCUACCUCGAGGCCUCCUCCAGUGACCCGCACGCUUCCCUUGCCGCUACCGUGGCUCCUGAGUAUGACUGCGGAGAAUGACUCUCCAUAGGUCUUUGCAUCCUUUGCAAAACCAUCCCCGGACUGUUCAGGACCGAUUGUCACAGUUCUGCCAAGCUAGAAAGGAGAUUAGCUAUGUUCAUAUAUUGCACAUAUUCAUUGUACUCUUCUUUCCACCUCAGUUUGAACCCCCUCCUUAUUAUCUGCGAAUUGAGACAGAUCAAUCAUCUCUCAGCACCCUCCGGUUGA